GGAUGUACCAUGGCAACGCUUUAUGGUCGCCUAUGAUGGCGAGAGACUUGCAGAUGAGCACAAGCCCUGGAUGGAUGGCGAAUACAAAGUCUGGUUCCGUGACCCACGUGAAGUUGCGCGUAAUAUGCUCGCAAAUUCGACUUAUGCUAACGAGAUGGAUUACUGCCCGUAUAGGGAGUAUUCAACUGAGGGCGACAAGCGCCAAUGGAAGGAUUUCAUGUCUGGUGACUGGGUGUGGGAUCAAGCAGACGAAAUCGCGAAAGACCCGAGCACUCUCGGGUCGACAUUUGUCCCUGUCAUCCUUGGCAGCGACAAAACGACAGUUUCAGUCGGAACGGGUAACAACGAGUACUACCCGCUCUAUGCUUCCAUUGGGAACAUCCACAAUAAUGUUCGAAGAGCGCAUCGCGAUGGUGUGGCCGUCAUUGGGUUCCUGGCAAUGCCGAAAACUACGCAGGAACAUGCUGAAGAACCUUCGUUCCGAAGAUUUUGUCGACAGUUAUUCCAUUCGUCCCUUUCCAAAAUUCUCGAUCCGCUCAAGCCGGGCAUGACGACUCCCGAAGUAACGCGUUUCGGAGAUGGCCACUACCGGCAUGUCAUAUAUGGACUAGGGCCUUACAUAGCGGAUUAUGAGGAGCAAGUUUUAUUAGCGUGCAUUGUCCGUAAUUGGUGUCCAAAGUGUGUUGCAAAUCGUGAAGAUCUCGACGAAGAUGCGCUGCCCCGUAGCCGCGAAUAUACAGAGGCACUCGUCGAAGAAGCUCCCUCGGGAGAUCUUUGGGAAGACUUCGGAAUAGUCGCGCAACUUGUGCCAUUCACAAACGACUUUCCCCGAGCCGAUAUCCAUCAAAUGAUAUCACCAGAUAUCCUCCAUCAACUUAUAAAAAACGCCUUCAAGGAUCACCUCGUGACGUGGGUCGAGAAGUACCUCCGCUUGCGACGAUUUCCUCAAGGGCGCGGAUUCAAGCAGUGGACAGGAGAUGACUCCAAGGCCUUGAUGAAAGUCUAUUUACCUGCUAUCGAGGGCCAUGUACCUCAAGACGUCGUUCGCACCUUUCGUGCGCUUCUAGAUUUUUGUUAUCUAGUACGUCGCAAUAUCAUCACCGAAGACUCUCUACUUCAAAUCGAAGAUGCGCUCUCUCGUUUUCACCGUUACCGCGAAAUCUUCAGGACAACGGGUGUCGUCCUUCACUUCUCCUUACCUCGUCAACACUCGCUCAUGCACUAUGUUCGAAACAUUCGACUCUUUGCUGCACCCAAUGGUCUCUGCUCGUCAAUCACCGAGAACAAGCACAUCAAAGCGGUCAAGGAGCCCUGGCGACGAUCGAGCCGUUUCAAUGCGCUUGGUCAGAUAUUACUGACCAAUCAACGGCUCAACAAACUUUCAGCACUGCGAGUCGACUUCACGCGUCGGGGGAUGCUCACUGGCACUUGUCUCUCAGCAGUCAAUGCCUUAGUUCCUGCGCAGAUCGACCAAGUUGAUGAAGACGGCGGGGCGGCAGCACUCGCACCUGCUCAAGCAGCAGCAGCAGCAGCAGAUAUGCAUGUGCCUGCUCCUGCUGCACCACCUCCACCUCCCUUGAUCAAUAUUGAUGUGGACCUCGACAUAGACCUGUUCGUAACGCUGGCAAAAACCCGCCAGGGCAAAAAUCGCGCUCAAACCAUUCCUGAACUCGCCGAGGAACUUGAUAUUCCUCACCUAUCUGACCUUCUCAGACGCUUCUUAUUUCAACAGAUGCAUCCUGAUGACCCCCGCGAUCCGUCCAAUGUACCUCUUUCUGAAUGCCCCCUCUAUCUCAGCAAAAUUGCAGUCUUCAACUCGGCAUCAUCGCGGUUUUAUGCGCCGAGCGAUUUGAGUGGUAUUGGUGGCAUGCGCACUGAACACAUCCGCUCUUGUCCCUCCUGGCGAGGUGGGCAUUCACACAACGACUGUGUCUUUGUCAACACAGACUCUAGUCUACCUGGCAUGCAAGGUCUCGAAGUCGCGCGCGUUUGCGCAUUUUUUUCAUUCCAGUACCGGGGCGAAGUUUAUCCCUGCGUUGUGGUUCGCUGGUUCGACAAAAUCGGCGAUGCUGCAGACGAAGACACGGGAAUGUGGAUGGUUCGUCCAGGAGAGGGUGCAAACAAUACUGCUGGGUACGCAAUCAUUCAUAUUGACGCCAUUUAUCGCGCUGCCCAUCUUAUUCCCGUGUACGGCAUGGAAUUCCUGCCUCCAGAGCUCAAAUUUUAUCAUUCCUAUGAUGCAUUCCGCGCCUACUACAUCAAUAAAUACGCUGACCAUCACGCCUUUGAGAUUGCAUUUUGAUCUAGCUACUUGUACACUAUUUGAAUCUAUAAUACUCUUUUCUCUCUUAAUAUGCAUUUUCUCUCCUU